AUGCGAGUGAUGGAGGCGAAGAGCGUAGGAAGGCUGAGCAGUAAGGGCGCGGAGGAUUUCGAUGCUGAUGGCGAUGGGACGAAGAAGAUGCUGCGUGUGGAGAAGGAUCGAGUUAGCCGCUGGGAGAGAAACUUGAGCAUUGCAACGACAUCACUCGUCGUUAGUCAGCAUGUAUCAGCGCUUUCAACACGUGAUGGUUCACAUUUUGAAGUGGUCGGCAAGAGAGAGCUUACUUCCUCAUUUGACGACCGACGGUGCAACUUGGUCUCCCUCAUUUCCAUCACCACCGUUGCUCACAACACGCCCUCAACCACCGCAAUUCUGGUCAACAUGCUCACCGGUACCACAUCGCUGCUCAGACGAACAGCCGUCGCAGCAGCGGCUCGAGCUGCCACAUCACACGCACCCGCUUCGCUCGCCAUCGCCUCUUCCAGCUUCGCUCAAUCAUCCACAGUCCUCCCCGCUUUUGCAUUCGGAGGCUCCAUCCAAACACGUAACUCGACCAAGCGUGGUGGCGGCUCCACCAAGAACAACCGCAACUCGCCCGGUAAACGUCUCGGAUACAAGAAGCAGACCGGCCAGAUCGUCUACCCCGGCCAGAUCAUCUUCAGACAGCGCGGCACCUCGUGGCACCCAGGGCCCAACGUUGCCAUUGGCAAAGACCACACCAUCUUUGCCACUGCUCCAGGCUAUGUCCACUACUACUAUUCCGAAGCCCCCUCCAGCCCGCCAAGUCCCGUCCACGCAGCUUCCACCUCGCCUUCUGGCAUCAAGCUGCCCAUCAAACAGCUAACGCCCACCCAUUUCCACGCCAAGGAACUCACCACCACCCCUCACCCGUCCUCCAAGAAGCCGCGACGCAGAUACAUUGCCGUGUCACCCAAUCCGGACACCACCUUCCCCCUCCCUGCCGGCACUCCGCGCGAGAGGCGAUUCGAAAAGAUCGACCUCAACUCUCUUCAACAACAGAUCGACCAGCUCAAGAUCCACCAACAAGCUGCCGAUCCCGCAGAGUAG